CUUUACGUCUCUACUCUCCCAUUCAGAAUUGUAAAGUUGUUAGAAUUUUCAUCCUGCGCUGGGGAAGGCUAAUUGCUGAAGCUAGUCGGAUCAGCUAUUUAUGAUUAUGAGGGCUUCUCCAUGAGUCCUUCGGCCCCCCAUUGGAUAUGGAGGUUAUCAAAAGAAAGAGCGCGCUGAUCAUUGUUGAUGUGCAGAACGACUUCAUAUCUGGGAGUCUAGCAGUUCCAGGUGGCGAGAAGGUCGUGGACGUGUGCAACCACCUGCGGGACAGAGGAGAUUUUUCAAUGGUGGUCGUGACACAAGACUGGCAUCCGUCGACUCACAUCUCGUUCGCACGAAACGCCCAGAACUUUGUUCUGGCGGAUGAAGUGGAUGGAGCUGCAGUGUGCGAGUUCUCCACAGUGUCCUUCUCGGAUCCUCCGCUGGACGGUGUGAGUGUGUUCCCGGUGCACUGUGUAGCCGAUACCUGGGGUGCAGAGCUGCACAAGGACCUGCAGGUCCGGUCCAGCGACGUUACGGUGCGCAAGGGCUCGCACACCGAACGCGAGUCCUUCUCGGCGUUCGCAGAUAACACACAGCUGUCGGAGACCCAUCUGGCCAACACGCUGCGCCAUGCCAGCAUCACCGAUGUCUUUGUUUGCGGGCUGGCCUAUGAUGUCUGCGUGAGCUGGACGGCUCGCGACGCCGUGCGACGCGGCUUUCGAACGUUCUUCGUGGAGGAUGCGGCCGCCGGUGUGGAGGCAGGUGAAAUGUCACGGAUGAAACAGGAGCUGGCACAGCUUGGUGUUAGUUUUGUCCAGUCCGAUGAGGUUCCAGGACUGUUGGCAGAGGCAGCAUAGACCUAGGUGAUCCUACCCAGCGUGUUGUGACUCAAGAUUCAAUGACUCCUGGUGCGAUCGUGCCCAGCUUGCUUUGAUCAAAUGACUUCCAGAAGAGAAAUUUAAACUUAGAGAAAUCAGAUAUUUACCUUUCUAGUUAUAUCCAUGCCUGUAAUAUUUAUCCAGAAUAAUCAGCACCGUUCAUCGAGAAAGCCAUCAACAGUAUUCAGAAUUUAUAUUCUACGUGACCCAGCAGGUCAAAGUACGCACCCAUCAUGUAUUCUUAGCCCUCUGGGGGUAUUUUCUAAUUAGGGUGUACAGCCCACGCAGCAGUGCUGUCCACCAAUAUUUGUAUAGGCUGUGCUCUCUGCUGUGCAGGCACUUCUUACUCGUUGUGUCUCUUGCUCUUCGCCAAUUUGUUGACCAACUCUGUUGGCCCGUAACUACUAGCCUUCAUAUCGCCCGGGCCGUUACUUCUUGUGCGGCUCUCUCUCUCUCUCUCUCUCUCUCUCUCUCUCUCUCUCUCUCUCUCUCUCUCUCUUUCUUACUUUCUCUCUCUUGUUUGUUUGGUUUCUGUAGAAAGGACUAUCCCUUUUUUCUAUAUUUUAUUGGGAGGAAGACAUCUUUGUCAGCUUGUGCUCAGCUCUACUGCGUGAAGUAAAUUAUCUUUCCAUGCUGUCAUGGUGAUCUUCGCUUUCUCCGCUUUUUUCUGUCCAUAUUUUCAGCUUUCUGACCCCGUGUUUCCUUAUUAUCUUACACGUUCUCAGGCAGUCACUGGAAUCCUUGCUUCAGCCUUAUUCUAUCAAAUUUCUGUAUUAUUAUGUUGGAAUUGUCCCACAGCGAACCAUUGUGGAGAUCUA